UUGUUCCCGCAUCUCCCCUCUCUCUCUCUUCCUUUGGAGCCAAGAAUCUCUUCCUUUCCUUUCUCCCCCUUCACAUAUUCUCUCUCCCGCCUUAUAAUUAAUCUUCUUCUGUAGCUUUUCAAGAUGCCUCUUCCUCGUUGGGCUGCUGCCGCCGCCGCCGCUGUGCCUCCUUUUUUUCUCUCUGUCUCUCUCGAUCCCUUCCUUUCCAUCUCCACCUCUCUUUUCUUCCCUUCCUUUCCACCAUCUCCCCCUCCUCCUACUUCUCCCCUCCAUCAUCAAAUCCCCUUUUCAUCAUCGCUGCAGCGCUGCUCUCGACUUCGAUGGCUUCCCCCUCCGACUCCACCUUUCUCUCCGACCCCUGCAUCUACGGGCACACAACUUCAUCAUACAGUGAAAGAAAAUCCCGCUUAAUGAGGUGGCUGUGCAAGAUUUUUAAGGGAACAAGUCGUGGAGCAUCAAAUGGACGGCGUCCACAAGCUCUCGGGGAGAACAUAUUUUGGCAUGAGCCAGUCAGAUCAAUGGAUGAUCAACCUAAAGCUGAGAAUGAGGAAAUGGAUCAUGCACUUGCACUUUCUCUUGCAGAGGAUGAUAAGAAACGGAAUGCUUCAGGAUGCAACGGAACGGGCAAUGAUGAUGAAGAUCUUGCAAGAGCCCUACACGAGAGUUUGAAUAUGUCUUCCCUUCAGCCAUACGCACCAAUCCAGUAUUUACCAAGAGGAUACAGAGUUUGUGGAGGUUGUAACCGGGAAAUAGGCUAUGGUCAUUACUUAAGCUGUAUGGGAACCUUCUGGCACCCUCAAUGCUUUUGCUGUCAUGCUUGUGGUCAGCCUAUCAGUGAACCUGAGUUUUCUUUGUCAGGGGAUUUGCGAUACCACAAGGCGUGCUAUAAGGAGUUGUAUCAUCCAAAAUGUGAUGUCUGCCAUGAAUUUAUUCCAACAAACAGGGCUGGUUUAAUUGAGUAUAGAGCUCACCCAUUUUGGGGCCAAAAAUAUUGUCCUUCACAUGAAUGUGACAAGACACCUCGUUGUUGUAGUUGUGAGCGGAUGGAGUCAAGGGGUAUGAAAUACAUUUCUCUAGGAGAUGGGCGCAGCUUAUGCCUAGAAUGUCUGGAUUCUGCUAUCAUGGAUACUGGUGACUGUCAAUCUCUAUACCAUUCUAUCAGAGACUAUUAUGAAGGAAUGAAUAUGAAAAUAGAUCAACAGAUUCCAAUGCUUCUGGUUGAAAGGCAAGCACUUAAUGAAGCCAUGGAAGGGGAGAAGGAUGGUCAUUAUCACAUGCCAGAGACAAGGGGCUUAUGUCUUUCUGAGGAGCAGACAGUUAGCAGUAUACUAAAGAGGCCAAAGAUUGGGGAAAAUCGAAUAUGUGGCGUGAGAACUCAUCCACAGAAGUUGACUCGUAAGUGUGAGGUCACAGCAAUUCUUGUUUUAUAUGGUCUUCCCAGGCUAUUAACAGGUUCUAUCCUUGCUCAUGAAUUGAUGCAUGCAUGGUUACGCCUCAAAGGCUACCGCAAUCUUAGCCCUGAGGUUGAGGAAGGCAUCUGCCAGGUGCUCUCCCAUAUGUGGCUUGAAUCUGAGGUUAUGCCAGGGUCAAGGAACAUACCAUCCUCAUCCACGUUUGCUUCAUCUUCAUCCUCUUCAUUUCCAUCAUCUAAGAAAGCAGGAAAAUCUGAUACAGAGAAGAAGCUUGGUGGUUUUUUCAUUCAUCAGAUUGCUCAUGACACUUCAUCUGCCUAUGGUGAGGGUUUCAGAACUGCUAAUAAAGCUGUUAAUAAGUUUGGGCUUCGUCGCACCUUAGAUCACAUUCGCUGGACAGGAAACCUUCUAAUGUAAAGCCAUUUAUUCUGUUGUAAGGAGUUAUAUUUCUUCAGAGAUAUAUUUAUCUUGAUGAUAAAAUUAGUCAUGGAAGAUUGGAACAGCUGCCCUUAUUUUUUCUAUGGGGCUACUUAUCACCUACUAUUUCAGGUAAAUAAGCAGUUGUAUUGGAUCAAUGAUCAAUAAAAUCAUUUUCUUCGUGUUCCAGCA